UUUGCUCCUCUCUCUCUCUCUCUCUCUCUGUAAAGCAAAUCCCAACUUCGCCUAUUUCUCACUCUCCUCACAAGCCCGCUCUCUAACUUCUUCGUCUCUUCUUCUUCUUCUUCUUCUUCUUCUUCCUGCUCUGCAGAGCCCAGUUAUGCGAGCUGAAACGCGCCAAGGAACGCAGCUACGCCGCUGAUCGGGGGGCGGAGAAUACAUCAAUCAUGGGUCCAUACGAGUCGUCCAACAGCAGCAGCGGCAGCUCCUCAUCAUGCGCCGGCAAAGCACCGGAUCAGAUAGACGGUCUUCUCGCCGGCGCCGGCUACAAGGUUCGUUCCUCAGAGCUCCGGCAGGUCGCGCAGCGCCUCGAACGCCUCGAGACCGUCAUGGUGAACGCCCCUGCCGAGAUUUCCCAGCUCGCAAACGACGCCGUUCACCACAACCCGUCGGACCUCGCCUCCUGGGUCGACUCCUUGCUCUCGGAGUUCAACCCACUAGGAACCUUGCCCGGACCCGCCCAUGUCGGUCUGCCCGAGUUCUCGGACCUCUCGUUGGAUCAGGUGGUAGGUAAUAGCGGGUGGAUGGAGCCGCAUGCGGCUGAGCAGCAGCAGCAGCAGCAGCGAGAAGCUUCCCAGCAGUUAACGGUCGUGACGGCGAUGGAGGAAGAUUCCAGCAUCAAAUUGGUCCACGUAUUGAUGUCGUGUGCAGAGUUCGUCCAGCGUGGCGAAUUCUCAGUGGCUGGAUUCCUGAUUGACGAGAUGCAGGGUUUACUGACCCGAGUUAACACCGGCUGUGGCAUCGGCAAAGUAGCGGGCUACUUCAUCGACGCGUUGAGCCGCCGGCUCUUCACCCCACAAGGGGCCAGCGCCAUCGGGUCGGCUUACGAAAACGAGAUACUGUACCAUCACUUCUACGAGGCUUGCCCCUACCUAAAAUUCGCUCACUUCACGGCUAAUCAAGCAAUUUUAGAAGCAUUCGACGGCCAUGACUCUGUCCACGUCAUUGACUUCAAUUUGAUGCACGGCCUGCAAUGGCCGGCUUUGAUUCAAGCUUUGGCUCUACGACCCGGCGGGCCCCCAUUGCUCCGUUUAACCGGCAUUGGCCCGCCUUCGCCGGACGGCCGAGAUUCGCUCCGUGAAAUCGGACUUAGAUUAGCCGAAUUAGCCCGUUCCGUCAAAGUCCGAUUCGCCUUUCGCGGGGUCGCGGCUUCAAGGCUGGAGGACGUGAAGCCGUGGAUGCUACAAGUCAGCCAGAACGAGGUCGUCGCCAUAAACUCCAUCAUGCAGCUCCAUAAGCUACUGGUUUCGACUCCAACUCACGGAUCUCCAAUUGGCACGGUUCUUGGGUGGAUCCGGAGCUUGAACCCGAAGAUCAUGACCGUGAUCGAGCAAGAAGCCAACCACAACCAGAACGAGUUUCUGGACCGGUUCGUAGAAGCGCUGUUCUACUACUCAACCAUGUUCGACUCGUUGGAGGCUUGCUCGGCUCAGCCGGAGAAAGCCCUAGCCGAAUUGUACAUUCAGCGAGAGAUAUGCAACGUGGUGUGCUGUGAAGGCUUGGCUCGGGUGGAGAGACACGAGCCACUUGCCAAGUGGAGGGCCCGGCUGGGUGGAGCCGGGUUUAGACCGCUCCACUUGGGAUCCAAUGCGUUCAAGCAAGCCAGCAUGCUGUUGACGCUGUUCUCAGCGGAAGGAUACUGCGUGGAGGAGAAAGAAGGGUGCUUGACGCUGGGGUGGCACAGCCGGCCUCUCAUUUCGGCUUCGGCUUGGCAAGCCAUCCCCGACCCGACCCGACCCCUUCCAUUGGCUUAAUCAACCAAAAUAACAAUGUGAUGUAGAGCUUGUAUUUUGGGUCCCACGUUUUCCCAUUUAAUUCCAAAUUCCUAUUAUUACUGUCCAAUGAUACGAGGGGUCUCGUAAUUUUAUAUGAGAAUUCUUUUCCUAAUAA